AUGGUGCCAUCACCAGAUAAUACUAGUAGCCACGGUAGAGAUUGUGGAAAGCUUCUUGCCCCAUCAUCAAACUCAUGUAAGCUACUAAAAAAAUAUCCGCAAAAUAAGAGACGGUUACAGUGUAAGUUUUGCAACAAGAAAUUCUCCAAUAGCCAAGCUUUGGGAGGGCAUCAGAAUGCACACAAAUUGGAGAGAGCCGCGGUGAAGAGAGACAACAUUCUCGCCAUGGCGUCUGCUUAUAGCAACUACUUACCACCAUUUCAGUCUAAUAUGCAAAAUUAUUAUUCAAAUUUUUCUGCUUUUAGUCAUAGUAGUAGAACAUUAGGGAUGCAACAACCACAAGCAAUGAUUCAUAAUAGGUCUUCAACUGCACUUGGACCUGGAUACCUUCAUAAUAUAUUGUUGGGAAAUCAAAUCAUGGAUCUUCAAUGCAGCAGGCAAAAAGAAAUAUUGACAGUGAAUCUGUUACCACAACAGUCACCGUUGAGUUUAGGUGAAAACAUGAAUCCAAACCAAACAAAUAAACAACAACAACAACCAGGUGCAGGGAAUAACAAACCUCAAGGAGAGAUCGAUUUGACACUCAAGCUCUAA